CGCCGCAGUGUCUCCCCUCCGCGCUCCAACCUGAGAGUUUCACACAACCCUCUGCUCUCGCCUCGUCAUUUUUGCACUUCCCAUCACCCCCCGUCGCCUCCCUCUUCUCGCUUCUCGUCGCCUGCGAUCCGGUAUUCCAGCCCUUGGCGACUUGCUUUUUUGACUUGAUGAUUUUGCGCGGCCACCGUCGCGCGUGAGCCAGGCCCGAACACGGUUUAGGCGACUUGUUUAUCCACCAAAACGCGCACCCCUUGUUCGUGUUUACUCACCUCCACUUUGCUCCAAGCUCUUAUUCCCCUCCACUGCUGCGCUGCCUACACCAUUUCACUGGCUGGCUGAGCUUUUGCAUAUUUUUUUUUUUCUUCGAGUAUCAGCUUGGUUGAGCGCGAGUGCCAGUGCGACAGGCUUCGCGCGCAAGCAUCAUGUUCUAUUCAGAGACACUCCUCCAGAAGACCGGGCCUCUUGCCCGUGUCUGGCUGUCUGCCAACCUCGAGCGCAAGCUCUCCAAGAAUCACAUUCUCCAAUCUAAUGUCACCGACAGCGUCGAGGCCAUCAUCACGCCGAACCAGGCGCCGAUGGCCCUGCGACUCAGUGGACAGCUUUUGCUUGGUGUUGUCAGGAUAUACCAGCGCAAAACGCGAUAUUUGCUAGAUGAUUGUAACGAAGCUAUGAUGAAGAUUAAAAUGGCCUUCCGCUCCACUGGUAACAAUGACCUGGCUGCCAACUUGCAAAUCACCAAUCGCGAGUCUUUGCUUCUCCCCGAUCGUAUCACGCCAUAUGAUAACCUCGAACUACCUCCGCCGCCUGAUGCCUCGUGGCUACUUUCUCAAGUUGAUGAUGUGUCGUCUACCCAAGUCGGCAGGAAGGGACGCGUGAGCAACACUCGAGACAUCAACUUGCAGGAAGAUUUCGACAACAGCCAGUUUCUCCAAGGCGGCAUGACUCUAGAUGAAGACGCACUUGCGCCAAUGGAUGAUCUUGAGCUCGAGCUCGACUUUGGUCUUGAUAUGGAUGGUGGCCCAAGCAUGGAAAUGGGCCGAGAUGCCCCCGCAGCGCGGUCAAUCGAAGAUGAUGUCUUCAGCGAACUUGAUAUCAUGCCCCGAUCAAAAGAGGGCGCUGGCCCUGACGACACUACUCGCAUGGAUGUGGACGGUACCGUGAGGAUUGCAGAUGACGAGGGCGAUAUCCAGAUGGGCGAUGACGAUUUCCAGUUCAACCCUGGUGAUGCGUCCGGCAUUCCCGAACUGGCUGCGCUUGACAUCAACCGACAGAGAAUUUCGGAAUCUCCUCUAUCAGAUAUUGACGAUCAGUUUGCUAAAGAAAUUGAGGAGGAGUAUUCUCGCCAUGGCCACACAGAUCUCUACGAGCCCCAAGACGACGAGGAGAGCACCCUUGUCCAAAAGCCUGCACAGCGUGCUAGGAAGCAACGUAUCAUGAUGCCAGAUGAUGAAAUUGCCCUGUCCAGCACUCACAUCAAACAACAGCAGGCCCACAGAGAAAAUAUCACCAAGCCAGCUACAUUCCUCCCCCGCGAUCCUUUGCUUCUUGCGCUCGCAGAAAUGCAAAAGAGUGGCGGUUUUGUAUCUUCCAUCAUGAUGGAGGGUAGAAGCUUGUCGUGGGCACCUGAACUUCGUGGCAUGCUUUCAUUGGACAUGGUUCGCGGUGCGAAUGAUCUGAAGCGAAAGCGUGACAGUGGCGUUGCCGACGUGGACAGCGAAUUGGGUGGCCUCAAAUCGCCUCGCCUUGAGCUGGGAGACGACACCGAUUUUACCCUAGACGGAAACGCUUUCGGUAACAACAGCGUGGCCGCCGAUGGCACCAUUCUUGAGAUUCCUGCAGACGAAUCUGCAGCUCACUUUGACGACGAUCACGCGGACAGAGAAGGUAGCCCAAUGCCUGCCUUCGAAGACACAACAAUGCCUCUUAUUCACCCUGCUGACAGCGGCGCUGUGUCCGCUGGUACCAAGCAUGCUGUCCACAUUCUCCGAGAAUUAUUCGGCCCUGAUGCCGCUGAGAAUGCGGACAAGAGGAAGAAAUCAGCAGUUGUCUUCCAAAACUUGCUGCCCGAGAAGGAAACCACCAAGGCCGAAGCAACCAAGAUGUUCUUUGAGUGCCUGGUGCUUGCUACCAAGGAUGCCAUCAAGGUAGAGCAGACCUCAGGCCUUGGCGACCCCAUCAAAGUCCGAGGAAAGCGCGGGCUUUGGGGCGCUUGGGCCGAGCGAGAAGCUGGAGGCGAGAUCUCCAACCAGGAUGAGCCUGAGUCCGCCGCUCCCGUCAGUGUUGCGGCGGUUGCUGUCGAGGCAUAAUCGGCUGCUUGACCACGACCAAAAAAAAACACAUCAUGUUUCGUGUAUGUAAAAUACUAUGCUGUGCAUUCUGGGCAAUGAAAGGUUUUGUUUUUGUUCGAAUGGCCCACGGCGGAGUUGAAGGCGUUUGGGGAGAUACCAUGUGAUCUUGGAGGUUCUCUAAAUUAGGAUACAGGAAGGAGGGAAAAGGAUAAUCGCGCCUUGGAUGCCGAAACAAGACAAGCCUUUUUUACACUAGUGUUCCUUUUUUUGUAUUCUGCUAGCUGUGUUUAGAAAAGGGAUGUUCUAGGAGAUUAUUGAAUAUUGAACGAAAUCAACUUUGCUAGCAACUGUAUACAGGCCCG